GCGCGGCCGAGGCCUGGGCGGCUGGCGGCGCCGUCGCGCAGGGCUCAGGGCCGAGCUGGCCGCCGCGAGGAGGCGCCCGGAAGUGACCAGUGCGGCGGGCGCGUGCUGACGUGGCGGCGGCACCAUGCGGGGUGGCGGCGGCGGCUUGGAUACCAGGCCUGAACAUCACAGACAGCAGAAGGUCAAGAGAUCUCUGGGAAACAAAAAAUCUAAGCAAUUUGAAAAGCUGGAAACUACUGUCCUAGGACUGAACAGUAACUGUGAUGAGACAGCCAGCAAUGUUUCUUCUGCCUCAUCCAAGAGUCGAGUGAAUGGGAGUACAGAGUUGAGAAGCAAGCGGACAAUUCACAGGCCUGCUUACUGGUUGGAAAUGAGAGGAAUAAAAAACAGCAUUAACAAAACUUCAGGAAAAAGAGGCUGUGGAUUUUUUCCGCUGAAGAACAUGGCGUACCUCAGAGUUAUUGACUCAGAAGCAGGAGAAGUAUUAUUGAAAAGCAAGAGAAAAUCUGACCAAGGCGAAGAUGAAGCUCUUAAAGACUCCCCCAAGAAGAAGCAAAAGAUUUCUGCAGGAAAAAAACAGCAAGCUGGAGCACAACAAAAGCCAAAAACAAGGGGUCACUGUGUUCAGAAAGAACCACAAACUUAUAGCACAGGUAGUAUGGAAGAACAAUGGUCUUUGGAAAUUCGGGACAAAGGCCGAGUUACCUGUCCAACAUGCAGGGCUGUUGUGAGAAAGACUGUAGAGGGACUGAAGAAACAUAUGGCAAAUUGCAGGCAGGAAAUGUUCACUUGUCAUCACUGCGGGAAGCAGCUGAAGUCUUUGGGAGGGAUGAAAUACCAUGUCAUGGCAGACCAUAACAAUCAGCCAGUUGUGAAGGAGGGUGGAGAAUUAGAUGAGCAGCGUGAGCGAGACCGCCUUCGGAAGGUUUUGAAGCGUAUGGGAAAACUGAAGUGUACAAGGGAGGGCUGCACAGGCAGCUUCACCAGCAUAAUGGGAUACCUAUAUCAUGCUAAAAAGUGUGGGAAGGCUGCUUCUGAACUGGAGAAAAUGUCUAUGAAAUGCCAUCACUGUGGAAAAGCAUACAAAUCAAAGGCAGGACUUGUCUACCAUCUCCGAUCUAAGCAUGGGCCGGUUACUUUCUUCCAUGAAGAGAGAAAAACAGAGAGCUUGAAGGAAAUAAAACGGGAGCCAAGUAACACAGGCAGAGUUCAGAGGAGAUCUGCAAAGGUGGCAAUCUACUAUCUCCAUGAGUUAGCUGGAGAAGAGCUGGCCAAAGAAUGGCCCAAGAGGAAAGUGCUGCAGGACUUGAUUCCAGAUGAUAGAAAGCUGAAAUAUACUCGUCCUGGACUGCCUACAUUUAGUCAAGAUGUGCUGUGCAAAUGGAAAACAGAGAUAAAGAUGUACCGAAGAGUUCACUGUCCAAACCAGGGUUGUGAAUCUGUAUACGGCAGUGUCUCAGGACUCAAAUCUCACCUCGGCACAUGCACGUUGGGAGACUUUGUGGCUGGUAAAUACAAGUGUCUCCUUUGUGAAAAGGAAUUUGUUUCAGAGAGUGGGGUCAAGUAUCACAUCAACUCUGUGCAUGCUGAGGACUGGUUUGAUGUGAACACAACAACCACCAAAAGCUUUGAGAAGCUAAUGAAAAUCCGCCAAAGGGAAGAAGAGCAGAGGAAACAACGGAAGAAACGUACUUUGACACGAGGUAGAAAGAAGAAAACUGGGUCCCUGUCAGCAAGGAAACUCCCCGGUGUUGGAGUUGAAAGAAUAAGGAAGAGUAAGAGGAGUCGCCUACAGCGGGUGAAUGAGAGUGAGAGCAGUGAAGAGGGAGAGCCUCAAGUUGCACAGAGAGCAGAAUUUCCAAAAACCUUCCGCAAACGAGGCCGAAAGUAAAUCCCCGGAGAAAAAGGAGGAGUAAUCCCAAAGCUUUUCAGUUACAAGCCCCGCUUCUGUCAGGCUCACAACCUACAGUACUAACAUAAGCAACUGAAUGUCUUUGGGACUGUGAUUUCCACUCAUGACUUCCGUAACCUUGAUUUUGGAACUGUUGCGUCUGGUCAUUUGUGAGAGACUGCAAACCAAAGCUGUGGUACAGAGACUGCCUCUCCUGGUGUAGUUCCCUUGGAUGGUGGCACUAGCAGUGUAUGUAGCCAGUGUAGCUCGUGCCCUAAUUACAGUCUCAGUUUGGGUCACAUUAGUUGCUUGUUUAGUAAUUUGCAGUGUAGCAGCUGUCUCUGCUUUGUCAUCUUCCUCUGAUGGGUGAGAGCGGGGUUCUUUGUUGUGACAGUUCUCUGUAUAUAAGAGGCUGAUUAGCACUGUGUUUAGAUCUCUUUGAGGGAGAAAUCCUCUUUCUUGCACAAUAUGCUCACAAACUGAGCAUCGUUGUGCAGAAUGCAAAGGCUUUAGCUUGCCCUGUAACUCAGUCCUGUCUGUUAUUGGCAAGGGUGCCACAGAAGAGCAUAUACCUUCUUGGCAUGCGCUCCAGAAUGUUGCACAAGACACUGCCUGUACUUCAUAUUCGGGUGACCAGGCUCAGCACCAGCCAGUAGGAUAUGAUCUCUGGUCUGCUCAGGAGUGAUAUAGGACAUCGUUAUUACCCUUGUCAGAAACCUGAUGUUUCCUCUGGCAUCUGUCUUCUGUAGCACUGGCCAUUGAAUGUAUGUAGAGAGUCUUCCAGUCCCAUGGGGAAUAAGGACUAUCCAGCCUUUUGUUAGAGAUUCGCUAGCCUUUCAGAGAUUCCCAGGAACUAAUACAAUAAGAUGGUCUGUAUUGGUCUUUGAAAGGCAGCUUGUGCUGUUUCAGACUCACCUGGUAAAGCUACCAGUGAUGAGAUUCACAGGAAAGCCCAUGUGGUGCGUGGUGAACAGAUUUAUGUGUAUGUGUUUUUACCAGCAUAAUCACAUUGGCCUUGACAGUGGAAGUGCUGUACAGCUGCCAAAGUGUUCUCAAGAGCUGCUUCUUCUAUACAAAAAAAGGCAAAGCAAACUACAGCUGACCGUUGUCUGCAUCUCAUGUGGAUUAACACCUGUAUGACAAUGAGACAGCAUGUGGUGCUCCAUUGUGAUCUAAAUGCAGUAGUUUUGUUGCCGUUGGGACCGAUCAUCGCCAUGGUUGCAGUGCUACGCUAACAGUACAAAUAUUUGGAUUCCAUGCAGAGUAUAAGGCCUGCAGCAAGAGGGGCAAGAUCAGAAUAAGGCAAAAUAAAGCAUCAGCAGUGUGAGAAUGUGGUUUCUUGUCCAUUUGGUAUGUGGUUCCUGGCACCAACCAUACUUGCACAGCAUACCCCAGCUAGACUGUUGUGCGUGCCCACUGGUGCUGUUAAGUUCUCUUACCCCAUUUCUCCUUACACAGCUGUACUUCAACCAUGCAUGUUUACUACCUUCCUACCCAAUAGAUGGGCAACAACAUAAACCCAAGUAUUAAAGAAGAUUUUUCUUUGUGGAUUUCA